AGAGAAACAAACAUAGAAUUUUGCUACUUCUAUCUCCAACUAUACUCUAUAUAAAGGAUUCAAAACUUUGUUGUACCACACAAUUUUUUUUAAAAUUAUAAUUUUCUCAUUUCUCAUUCUAUCCUCUUAUUUGGGAUUAUUAUUAUUAUUAUUAUUAUUAUUAUAUAUGGAGUUUGUGACUAGGAGAAGAAAGAAAAGGAUGAUAAAACCUAUUAAGGUUAUUGAUAAAGGAUUAAUGAAGUUUGAUGAGGAGGAAAAAGAAGAGCCAUUAAGUCCAUCUUCAAUUGUAUUUCAUAAACCAAACUUCAAUAUACAUAUAUUAGCUAUUAUGGGUUGUAAGACUCUUGUUGAUCUUGAGCUUUGCAAAUCUAAAAUUCCCCUUACUCUCCUCAAGCACCCUCGUUUCUCUAGUCUUGUGGUAGGGGAUCUAAGUAAAGGAGAAGAGCUGAAAUGGGUAAGAACAGAAGUGGAUUUAGACAAACACAUUAUAGUUCCAAAUAUAGACUCUGAAAACAUAGUUUCACCAGAGAAAUAUGUUGAAGACUACAUAUACAACCUAAGCAAAACAACCUUAGACAAGUCAAGGCCACUUUGGGACAUUCACAUUCUCCAUCUUAAGCUCAAUGAGGAUGUUAAGGCUCUUGGAAUAUUUCGGAUUCAUCACUCACUUGGCGAUGGCACAUCUUUGAUCUCUUUGUUGUUGGCUCUUACGCGUAAGACCUCUGAUCCCAAGGCCUUGCCAACAAUCCCUACUCAAAAGAUUAUGUCGAAUGAUAACAAAAUUCGUAAGGGGUUGAUUUGUAGAUCGAUAUUUGUGUUAUGGUGGGUGUUGCAAUUGUUUUGGAACACCUUCAAUGAUGUGUUGAUGUUUGUAGCAACCGCGCUUUUUCUUAAGGACAAUAGUCCUCUUAAGAGUUCCUUAGGCAGAGUUAGUAAUACACCUCGGCGCAUUGUUUACAAGAUCUUUAGCCUUGAUGAUAUGAAAUUGGUGAAGAAUGCAAUUGGUGGUACCAUCAAUGAUGUCGCGCUUGGAAUCACACAAGCUGGUUUAUCUCGAUAUCUUAGUAGGAAAUACGGAAAUGAUGAAAACAAUAUUGAAGAUUCAACCGAGAAAAUGAAGAAGUUUCCCAAGAAUAUUCGUCUUAGAUCUGUUCUUCUUAUAAACAUACGCCCAUCUGGAGGAAUACAAGCUUUAGCUGAUAUGAUGGAGAAAGAUACGGAGGCGAAAUGGGGUAAUUCAUUAGGUUAUGUGCUUCUUCCUUUUACCAUUGGAUUGCGCGACGAUCCUUUGGAUUACAUUCGAGAAGCUAAGGCCACAGUUGAUAGAAAGAAGCAUUCCUUAGAGGUCAAUUACACAUUUUUCAUGGCUGAAGUAGUUAUGAAGUUGUUUGGUAUUAAGGUUGCAAGUGCUAUUUCGGAUAGAAUCAACGCGCAUACAACAAUCGCCUUCUCAAAUUUAGUUGGACCUAUGGAAGAGAUUGGUUUCUAUGGCCAUCCUUUGGCUUUUCUUGCCCCAUCUUCUUAUGGUCAACCAAAUGAGUUGAUGAUCAAUUUUCAGAGUUACAUUAACAAGAUGACAGUAGUACUGGCUGUUGAUGAAGAAGUUAUUCCAGACCCGCAUCAGUUGUGUGAUGAUAUUGUUGAGUCUCUUAAACUAGUCAAGGAGGCUGCUAUAACACAAGGCCUUGUCAAGGACUUUGUGGCAACAAAAGGCUGCCAAACUAUAUAGUUGUUCUCGGUACCCUUUGGGAGGUACUAAUGGAACCGGGGUCCCGGAGAAUAAUCGACUCGAAUGUUCGCCGCGAUCACCACCGUGCCCACCACCACCCACUACAAGAACCAAAUUAUGAUGUAAACCGUCACCACCCACAAAAUGUUGUAGUGUAGUACCACCCCAUUUGUAUGUACCAUUAAUCCACCAAAACUUAUACACCAUUACAAAUAUAAUUAUCCUACAUAAAUGAGACACUUUACCUCUUGGGAGAUAUAAAAAUCUAUCCCGAAUAAGGACAUGAACACUACAUAGCUUUCUUUUUAAAGAGAGUCAAAAUUGUGAAAUAGGAUGUUCAUGUUGCCUCAUAGUGAAAUAAUGAAGAAGGAUAUACUUAUAUAUAA